GAAACUUAGUAUACUUUCAACAAUUUGUUUAAAAAAUACAAUUUCCUUUUAAUAUUAACUCUAUAUUUUACUGCGUAGUGCAUGAAAUAUAAAUAAAGUGACGUCAUUGCGUUAGAGGGUUAAAUAAGAUUCUUAGAAGCCUUUGCUUUGUUGCAACCGCGAGGUUUUUGAUUAGGAAGAAAGAAGCUGUUCAAAUUGUAAAGAAAAAGAUACUUUUUUUUGCAUAAUAUGAUUAAUGAAUCCAACCAAUAUGGAAAAGGUCUAGAACAGCAGUUUGCUGGUCUGGACUUGAGUGCCUCUCAAAACCAAAGUGGAGGUAAUUCUGGACGCUACGUUCCACCUCAUCUUCGAAACUGUCCAAUUACAUCUCAGCAACCAAGUAGACAACCCCCAGAAACCCAGCAACAGUGGAAUAAUCGUGAUAGCUACAACUCGACAGAUCGUGAUAGAGGUGAACAGGGAUACAAAGACUGGAAUAAUAGGAACCAGUAUAAUCGUGGUCGUGACUCCUAUGGUAGUGACUUUGGAAAAUUUGGAAGCAACAACAGGGGUGGCAGGUAUAAUCCUCGAGGGGAUGCUGGAAGAGGAGGAGGGUUUGAUAGAGAUGACAGAAGGAAUUUUAAUGAUGGACGAGGUGGGAGCAGAGACCGUGGUGAUUUUUCUAACUUUGGGAAUAGAAAUAGAAGGUCAAAUAGUGAUAAUCGAGGUAGUGGAUUAUCUUCACGACGUGGAGAAUAUGACAGAAAUUGGCGUGACCCAGAUAGUGCCCCAAAACUUGGAAGUCGUGAAGAUAGAGGGGGAGGACAUGGAGGAAGUUCUUGGGACCGAAGAAAUGGUGGUCGUAAAAAUGACCACUAUGGUGAUAUUGAUUGGAGUCAUCCUUUACCUAAGGAUGAUUACUUGGAGAGACAGCUGUUUGGAAAUAGCCACACUGGUAUCAAUUUUGACAAGUAUGAAGAUAUACCAGUGGAAGCUACAGGAGGUGACUGUCCAUCGCACAUCAACUCGUUUGAUGAUUGUUCCUUGACAGAAAUUAUAGCUAAUAACAUUAAAUUAGCUCGUUACACAAGGCCCACUCCUGUGCAGAAAUAUGCCAUUCCAAUUAUCCUAGCCAAAAGGGACCUGAUGGCAUGUGCUCAAACAGGUUCUGGGAAAACUGCAGCAUUUUUGGUGCCGAUUCUUAACCACAUAUAUGAAAACGGACCACCAAAGAAUUUACCAGAACCACAAAAGUUUUCAUCUCGGAUCAAACAGUAUCCAUUGGCACUGGUACUCUCACCAACAAGAGAACUAGCCUGUCAGAUAUAUGAUGAAUCAUUGAAAUUUGCUUAUCGCUCUCGUGUAAAACCAUGUGUCGUUUAUGGUGGAGCUGACCCUGUUCAACAGAUGAAUGACUUAGAUCGAGGCUGCCAUUUGUUAGUAGCAACACCUGGACGACUGGUAGACAUGAUGGAACGUGGAAAAAUUAGCUUGGAACUUGUGAAAUAUUUGGUAUUGGAUGAAGCAGAUCGUAUGUUAGACAUGGGUUUUGAACCACAGAUUCGUCGCAUUGUCUUAGAAGACAACAUGACACCAACAGGAUCAAGGCUGACAAUGAUGUUUUCUGCAACAUUUCCAAAGAAAGUGCAGGAAUUGGCCAGAAACUUUUUAGAUAAUUAUAUAUUUCUUGCUGUUGGACGUGUUGGAAGUACUUCAGAAAAUAUUACCCAGAAAAUUGUAUGGGUUGAUGAGCUUGAUAAGCGGUCAUUUUUGUUAGAUCUCUUGAAUGCUGUAGGGCUAAGAAAUGGCAGUGCACCUCCAAACUCUCUUACUUUGACUUUUGUUGAAACUAAGAAAGGUGCAGAUUCACUGGAACACUUCCUGGCAGAAGAGGGAUACCCUGUCACUAGCAUACAUGGUGAUCGAUCUCAGCGAGAAAGAGAGGAUGCUUUGUGGUCUUUUCGAUCAGGUCGCACACCCAUUAUUGUAGCCACAGCUGUAGCUGCAAGAGGCUUAGAUAUCCCAAAUGUAAAGCAUGUGAUAAAUUUUGAUCUUCCAAGUGAUAUUGAAGAAUACGUUCAUCGCAUUGGCCGUACUGGAAGAGUUGGAAAUUUAGGCUUGGCAACAUCAUUCUUUAACGAAAAAAAUCGUAACAUGUCACUGGACUUAAUGGAACUUAUCACUGAAGCAAAACAAGAGUGUCCUGAUUGGCUAGCUGCUUUAGCUAAAGAAGUUCAGGCUGAACAGCGAGCCUCUAACUCUCGUAGAUAUGGAGGUGGUGCUCGAAGGUAUGGGUCUGGUGGCUUUGGUGGUCGCGAUUAUAGACAGUUUAAUACUCGUGACCAGCGUGGAAGUGGAGAAGCAAGAAAUACAGGAGCCAACAGUUUCCAAUCCCCUAAUUAUGGAUAUGGGGCCAACCAGUAUUUCAGCACAUCUAAUCGAAGCAGCUUUGGAGGAAAUUUUAACUCUGAAACUGAUUGGUGGGGAAAUUAGCACCCUUCUUUCUUCUGGCAACAGCAUGAGCAUGCUUCAUUCGAAGUAUGAGAAGGAAAUUUUAGGUACCGCAUUGUAAACUAAACUUGCAACAAGGUCCUGUACAACAAUUUGAAAUUUGGAAGGCACUGUUCGGAUGUAUAACUGAAAUAUUCAUGGCUUGAUGGUUUAGGUCCAUUGUCUGGCACAAAUUUUUUCAAGGUUUAUCAAUAGUUAUGAAAUAUUUAUGUAAACUAUUUAUUGAAACUUCUGUUGUUAUUAUAACAUCACAUUACCUCUUCUUUGUAAAAUGGUAAAAAGAUUACACAAUAAACAAGAAUGAAGUUCA